CACUGAAUAGGAAGAGUUGCAAAUCGCAGCUCAUCAUGGCUUUCAAUACCUUAGCAGCAGCUGCUGCAGUCGUGUUCGUCAUAGCGCUCCAGCCGGCGUUCGACCUCGCCGGCAACGUUGGAGCGUUGGUGCCGCCGGGCAACUGCACUCGGGAAUGCGGGGGAGUGGCGAUCCCUUACCCGUUUGGCAUCGACAUCGAGGAUGGGUGCCAAAUCGCCGAGAACCAGACCCGUCAAGGGUUCAAGCUUGCCUGCCGAGACAAGGGGAUCCGUGGCAAGAGGCUAUACUACAUCAACCAGGAGGUGCUGGACAUCUCGCUGCAGCAUGGCCAGGUCCGGUGGCUGAAUAACAUCUCCUCUUACUGCUACAACGCCACCACCGGGCUUAUGGAGACCAAGAGCCCACCGUCGAACAUGGACCUGCAAGGCGCCAUCUUCAGGCUCUCCGACACCGCCAACAAGUUCACCGUGAUCGGGUGCAAGACGCUGGCGUACAUCGGCGACACCGACGACGUUAGCUCCUACACGGCCGUGUGCGGUGCCACGUGCAAGGGCGGCAACCUUUCUUUGGUGACGGACGGCGCCUGCGAGGGGAUAGGUUGCUGCCGGACGGCGAUCCCCAGGGGGCUGGAGAACUACCGGGUGUGGUUUGACCAGAACUUCAGCACCAAGGGGAUGGGCGGCAGCUGUAGCUACGCGGCCCUGGUUGAGGCGUCCAACUUCACCUUCUCGGCGAGCUACCUUACUUCAUCAGCGUUCAUGGACGCCUACGGUGGGCAGGCGCCGGUGGUGGUGGAUUGGGCUAUUGGUACCCUGGCUGGGGAGACGUGCGAGUCAGCCCGCACCAAGCAGAGCUCGUACGCUUGCGUUAGCGACAACAGCGUGUGCGUUGACUCGCCCAUUGGACAAGGCUACAUCUGCAACUGCUCGAAAGGAUACCAAGGAAAUCCAUACCUUCAAUACGGAUGCAAAGAUGUUGACGAGUGUCUUGAUAAAAGAAAUUGUGAUGGGACAUGCCACAAUACCAUCGGAGACUUCAUUUGUUGUCCUCAGAGAACAAAAUAUGAUCCAAGCAGAAUGCAGUGCAUCUCAACCAAACAUCAAAAUAUUAUCAUAGGUGUUACGAUUGGACUGGGUGUUGGCUUGGGAAUGCUGCUUGUUGGUUUGUGUGGGAUAUUCCUCUUCUAUAAAUGGAAAAGACGUAUCAAAAAACAACAAGGAAAGAUGUAUUUCCGGAAAAACCAUGGCCUUCUACUGGAACAACUCAUAUUAUCGGAUGAAAAUGCAAGUGACAAGACAAUGAUUUUCUCCUUAGAAGAGUUGGAGAAGGCAACAAACAACUUUGAUGAAACUCGUAUUGUAGGACGUGGAGGACACGGAAUGGUAUACAAAGGCAUCUUAUCUGACCAACGCGUGGUGGCUAUAAAAAAAUCGAAACUUGUUGAGGAAGCUGAGAUCAAUCAGUUUAUUAAUGAGGUUGUCAUUCUGUCCCAAAUAAAUCAUCGAAAUAUAGUGAAGCUCUUUGGAUGCUGUCUUGAAACAGAGGUGCCCCUCUUAGUGUCUGAUUUUAUCCCUAAUGGCUCUUUAUUUGACGUUCUGCAUGGUGAGUCGGUUACUAGGCUGUCUUUAUCUUGGGACGAUUGUUUGAGGAUCGCCCUAGAAGCUGCUGGAGCACUAUGUUAUCUACAUACAUCUGCUUCGAUAUCAGUUUUUCAUCGCGAUGUGAAGUCAUCUAAUAUAUUGUUAGAUGGGAAUUACACUGCUAAAGUUUCAGAUUUUGGCGCUUCAAGAACAGUUCCUAUUCACCAAACCCAUGUGACAACAAAUAUACAAGGAACAUUUGGAUACUUGGAUCCAGAAUAUUAUCAUACUCGGCAAUUAAAUGAGAAAAGUGAUGUGUAUAGUUUUGGUGUGGUGCUCAUAGAGUUGCUUACAAGAAAGGAGCCUGUUUUCUUAAGCAAUGCAGGUGGAGAAUACUAUCAGAACUUGUCCAUUUACUUCAUUUCAGAGAUCAAAGUGAGACCAGUAAGAGAGGUGGUGGCUACUCAAGUUCUUGAAGAAGCAAAUGAGGAUGAAAUCAAUACCAUUGCCUCUCUUGCCGAGAUGUGUCUGCGUCUCCAGGGAGAAGAAAGGCCUACUAUGAAGCAAGUGGAGAGUACAUUACAAUACCUGCGAAAAAAAAGGUUGACCUCUUGUAAAAUUAUUGAAGAAAACGACGAAGAAACCCAACCAUUUGUCAGUAGUUAUCAACCUCUUGACAUUCAUAUGGCCGACAAGGGUCAUUCAGAGUCAUCUAGUACUUUCUUCAGUGUGGAGUGACAGUUUGUGUCCUCUGCUACUCCAGUUCCCAAAUAUUUCUCGGUUCCUAGAUAUAACUUUGUAAUUUUUCUUGUCGUAACUAAAGAGAGUUUUAACUUGCUUGUCAGUAGCGGACUUUCUGGUCAGUUCACUAUGUUGAGACAGGAGUAGAAGAAUUGCUCCGUGUACUCCAUUGAAGAGUUUAUGAUUGUUUCCCUGGUUUUUC